AUGCUCGGCAGUACCCACGAUGAUGGCGGCGUCGUUGCUAAGGCGGGUGGCGACGAGGAAGGGGGGAAAGGCGGCGGCGGGAAGAAGGCGGGGAAGAAGCAGCCGUCGUCGGCUUCUGCCGCUUUGAUCAAAGGCCAGUGGACUGAAGAAGAAGAUAGGAAGCUGAUAAGGCUGGUGAAGCAAUUCGGGAUAAGGAAAUGGGCGCAGAUAGCUGAGAGGCUUGCUGGGAGGGCUGGUAAGCAGUGCAGGGAGAGGUGGCACAACCAUUUGCGCCCAGAUAUCAAGAAGGACGGUUGGAGUGAAGAGGAGGAGCGGAUACUAGUAGACGCCCAUGCAAAGAUAGGGAACCGGUGGGCAGAAAUCGCCAAGCUGAUUCAGGGAAGGACCGAGAACGCCAUCAAGAAUCACUGGAACGCCACCAAGCGCCGCCAGAACUCACGCCGGAAGCAAACCUCCGCCAAGUCAUCAACGCCACCCGACAACGACAACGACAACAACAACAAUGGCAAAACUCAGUCGUCCUCAUCCAUCCUCCAAGACUACAUCCGCAGCAAAACCCUGGAACUCGCCCAAACCACUGUGGUCGGCGCUAGUAGCAGUACUACAUCCUCCGCCGGCGCCGCCCAAGGAUCCCUCCUCCCCUCCCUGUCCGACUACGACGACGAGCUCCUCUUCAUGCAGAACCUGUUUGCCACCAAGCCGUCGGUAAUAACUCUCUAUGAUCAUGACAAUGCCGUCGCUUCUGCCAACGAUGACGUGGACGGUGCAGAGAUGAAGCCUUAUAGUGCUGCUGCUGCUGCCAUGGAGAGUAGUAACGGCCGCCACCUUUAUGCGGAUCUGUACCUGUACGAUCUCUUGAACGGAGGAGCAAUGUAUGCAUCCAGCUCCUCGUCGUUGGUUGCUGACGCUGUUGUGGGCUGCGGUGGAGUGGAGAACGGGGCUGGUGAGGGGAAGAAGGAGAUGGACUUGAUUGAGAUGCUUUCGUUUACUUCGGCCGGCUUGAACAGCAGGUAG